AUGACCACAGUUCUUGUUACAGGUGCCUCUGGCUUCAUCGCACAACACAUUGUCAAGAUUCUCAUUGAGAAAAAGUACGCGGUUGUUGGAACCGUGAGACUGGACGCAAAAGGCGAAAAACUCCAGGCAAAUUGUGAUUCCAUCAGCCCUGGCAAAUUCCACUAUGUGCUAGUGCCCGAUAUUGGAGAGGAGAAUGCGUUUGAUCAUGUUUUCGCCAAACAUCCAGAAAUAUCGGUUGUUCUCCAUACUGCGUCGCCUUUUUUUUACGACACCACCGACCCGGAAAAAGACUUGAUCUUGCCUGCCAUCAAAGGAACAACCAACAUCAUGCGGGCCGUCAGAAAACAGAUUGACUCGGGUAGAUCGAAGAUCGAAAAAGUUGUUGUCACGUCGAGUGACGCGGCCAUCUACUCUGCCGAAGACGAGCAGAAUGCAAAGCUUUCUUUUGACGAAACAAGCUUCAACAAUAUCAGUUACGCUGAUGCGGUGAAAAAUCCAAUUGACGCCUACUACGGCGCCAAAUCUUUUGCCGAAAAGAUUGCUUGGGAGUAUGCACGUUCGCCCACCUUCCCUUUCUUGACCACUGUCAACCCCGUGUAUGUUUUUGGUCCGCAAGCAUUUGAAAACGAGGUGAGCGAGACUCUCAACACUUCCAACGAGCUUAUCAAUAACUUGUUGAAAAUUGGAUCAGACGGAAAGUUCGAUAACGACAAGGGCGGUUUUGUUGAUGUGAGAGACGUUGCAAAGGGCCACUUGGCUGCUUUUGAAGAUGACAAACUUAUCGGAAAGAGGCUCUAUAUGACCAAUGGGAAAUUCAGUGUGCAAAUGAUGCUAGACAUCAUUAACUCGCAAGUGGCAGAGGUGGCCGGAAAAAUCCCCGUCGGAACUCCGGGUUCUGGGCCAAGCGAUAUUGCUACUUUGGCCAAAACCAGUAACGAAGCUACAAGAAACGUUUUGGCCCUCAAGUGGGUGUCUUUGGAAGACUGUGUCUGCGACGUUGUGAAGCAAAUCCUCAGAUCGAAAAACUCUUCUCGUUUAUAG